UCAUUUUAUUUAGUGAUACAAUACUGAGGAGGAGGAGGAUGUUGGUGUUGUGGUGGAGGUGUGACAGGGAUUUCGAGGUUACUGUGAAAAUUUGCAGAAGGAAACUGUCUUGAGGUUAGCUGCUCACACCCACACACACAGAAUAAACCAACAAACCUUGAUAUCCACCUACACAGCGACUGCACAUUCAAUCUGGACUCUUUACCUCUCUGCUUCUCCAUCAUCUGCACUACAUCAUCAUACAACAACAUUUCCUCCUGCAAUUAGCACGUUUCCAGGCCUCUUAUAAUUCAUGCAUGACUGUUCUGGGCCAGUGAGACUCAUUAUCCGUGGGAAGUUAAUUUACACAGGCUGACCUCUUGCAGAUGCUGCACCACGCACCAUUUAACUGAGCCAUUGUCAGUGCACAGUGAGCCCACACUACGCUAACCCUGUCUUCAAAACAACAUCCUUUGAUUUAUCUCCCUCUCUCCAUCUCGCUGCUCAACCCACUGUAUCCUCUUUAUCUGCCUCUUCAUCGCUCUCUAGCUCCCUUUCAGCUGAUGGAGCUUAUUGUGGACAAAUAGGCUUAGGAGCAUCACUAUGGCAACGGCGAAUCAUAAAAAGCUACAUAAGCACUUCAUCAGGGGCCAUGAUUCAAUGGCUCCCGUUGGAGAUGGUGCCCACAACCUCCUGCAACAAGUAAAGGCAGGCCAGAGAGGCUCCUGGGAGGAGGAGGAGGAGGAGGAGGGGAGAGAAGAGAGAGAGGUGGAGAUAAUAGUGGGACUGUGAGAGGACGGGAGAGCAGAGAGAGAGAAUCCAUUUCUCUUCUCUCUCUGCUUUUCAUUCAGCCAGUCUUGUCUCCUCAGCAUCCAUCAAGCUAUCUGAUUUCUGAGGACUUUUCUAAUUCUGCUUUUCAGUGUUUUUGUUUCUUGUGGAGCCCAAGAAAAACUUAAAAAGAAGAAAUAGAAGAAGAAGAGGGGGCUGUGCAGAAGGACAGCGCCAUGGCCUCCUGGUUCAACUGGAAUGAGCCGUAUUACCGGAGCCCCCGGCGGGACCCGGCCGACGUGGUCACCCACACCCUGAUGCUGGAGUUCAGCUGGCAGCUGAAGGAGGCGGAGAGGCAGCAGAGAGAGAGGGAGAGCGAGUACCGGCGCCUCCAGACCGGGGUGGACUACAGCUGGCUGGCCAGCACGCCUCGCUCCUCCUACAGCAUCAGCACCGGGGAGAAGCUCGGCCUGGAGGACCUCUGCUCCAAGGUGCCGCCGCCCUGCUGCGGCCUGGUCAUACUCAAGUUCAGGGAAGUUAUGCAGGCCAAUGAGCCCGAGGUGCAGGAGGUGUGCGGCCUGUUUCGCUCCGUCCUCCUGGAGGCUCUGGAUCACCUGAAGGAGGAGCAGGAAUCUCAGCGGCUCGCCCGCCAGUGGAACAACAAACGUUCCAUGAGCAUGUCCCUCGUCAACUUCAGGUCCCGGAUCAAGAUCAACCCAUUUGGAAGCACGGUGGGCCUGACCUCCGCUGUGGCAGACGGGGCGGGAUUGAGCGACCUCAAAACCGUGUCAGAGGAUGUGGAGAAAGGGAUGGAAAAGGAGGAAAGGUCGCAGAGGGUGUGGAGCAUGCCUGACUUCAGAUAUAAAGGAACCAACAGCAGUAAGGUUGUCUGAUGUGGGGCGUUCACAGGACAGCAAUGGUGGGACAUUUCAGUGGGACAGACAGACGCUCAUCUCGAAGGACCCUCUGCUGCAGUAUGUCCACUUUGCACCAGGCGAGGCAGGAUAAAUCCCAUAAUCCUCCUCCUACUCUUUUCAGUAUGAGACCAAUCAGCAUUUGAUCUAUUUACUGAUUUACUUUUACACCUGAAAGGGCAAUGUCAGGUUUCUCAGAUAUUCUGUAACUUGACAGCACCUUUGGACUUGAAACAUUUUCAACCUUGAGUGAGAUUAUCGCCUCUAACAGUGAUGCAUUUUAUAUUUUGUAGACAUUGACUUCUAAGCAUUGAGGGCUAUUUACUGUAGGCUGGUAGGGAUAUUUAAAAAAUUUAAAGGUGUUCUUGAGCAAAUUAUAUUGGCGUUGUCACGUCAAACAACACAAAAUGGCUGCAGCGGUGAAUGAUCUUUAAUGACAGAAUGUUUUGCAUGAGAUUUAUGUAGAAAUGUUACUCAUUUAGUCUUGAGACAAACUAUCGGUAAUAGUCAAUGCUCACAUUAACGUCAUUCAGAGGGUGAGUCAUCAUGGUCUUUCUCUACAGACUGCUCUUUGUUGUCUCCCGACAACACACAAGGACUCAGCACAAUAAUUCAUUAUCCAAGGUCAGCAAACUGAAAGCUUUCCUUCUGUUCUUCAUUUGCAAGAAGGCGUCAAGAAAAGAAAGACACAAAGAAAUGACCACUUAAUGUUACCAGACCUUUCUGAGUGAAACAUUUCAAAGUAAAAUCUUUCCAGCAGUUUA